AGGGUAGAGCCGCCAUCACUAGCACAAACUUCUGCCACUGACCACCAGAGGCGCGACAGUCGCCGCCACAGGAUGGUGUGGUGUGUGGUGAGUGUGGUGGUGGUGGUGGCGGCCACGCUGGUGGUGCAGGAGGCUGUCGCCGUGGCCACCUGUCCGGAGGAGUGCCUCUGUCUCUCUGACUCCAAGGUGAUCUGCAACGGCGGGAAGCUGACGUCGGUGCCGGAGAAGCUCCAGGACACGGUGGAGGACCUGAGCUUGUCUAAGAACCUCCUCCCAGGGCUCACCACAGACAUGUUCCGUCGCUGGCGCCACCUGAAGGUCCUUCACCUCAAUGAUAACCAAAUCAUGGACAUUAAGCCCUUCGCCUUCCGUGGCCUCGCCCACCUCAAGGAGAUCUCCAUACAGAACAACCCGCUGGCGGAGCUGCCCCGGUUCUCCUUCGCUGGUCUGGAGAACGUCAACCAGAUUAACCUGUGCAAGAACCGCAUCACCACCAUCCAUCCGUAUGUGUUCGCUGGCAGUAGAAACAUCGGCAUGAUCCUCCUGCAGGAGAACCCGCUCACCAGGGUCAUGGCCAGAGCCUUCUCCGGCCUCCGCACCGCCCAGUUCCUCUACCUGCCCUCCUGGGUCAAGGUGAUAGAGUCGGACGCCUUCUAUGACCUGGAGGGCGUCGGCCUCCUGCGCCUCCACAGCCUCGACCUCCACGCCUUGAGGCCGCACACUUUCAGGGGUUUGAGGAACGUCACUCAGAUCUCCAUUCAAGAGUCGGACCUCGGAACGUUUCGCGACCUGGCGUUUGAUGGACUCCAAAACGUUGGUGAAUUGCGCAUCUUGAAUAACAAGGUUGACAUACUGGAAUCGCUGGAGGUACGGGAGGAGUCGAACGUGGAUACAGUCAUCGUACAGGGAAACCACUUCCUGCAGGUCAGCCAAGAGAAGCCGCUACGCAUCCACGCCAAUGUCCGUUCUGUCGUCACAGGGAACUACUUGCCAUGCUCGUGUCAGCUAUGGUGGGUGCUGGAAUCUCCGCUGGCAGUGAAUACUCCUCUCUUCUCUCGUCAUAACUUCUGUGUCUCACCCUACAACCUCCACGGCAAGGACAUCAUGUAUGUGGACAUGGAUAAGCUGGAACGGUGCCCAGCGCCUCAGGAACUUCAGCAACCCAGCGGGCAGGAGACGUCUCAAGGACCUCCUACACCGCCACUCCCAGAUGUACUCUCUGCUCUGUGUGUGUCUCUAUUACUGCUCUUUCGUCCUGAUUGGUGACCCGACUCCUGAGCUAAAGGGAGAGUCAUGGACUAUAUCUUUAAUUAUGUUGUGUACAGAAUUAAUUUUAUUGUAAUUAACUAGUGAAUUUUUGUCUACAAUAGCUUCAUCCAUGAUUUGUAAAACUACCGACACUGGAUGAACACUGUAGUUUAUGAAGCGUUCAGAAGGCCUGUGCUAAGGCCUUCUCUGACAUAAUUAUGCCUUAAUACCCACUGUCAUGGUCAUCGUAAGAAGUAGCACACAUUAAACUAAGAGAGACGACUGUGAACUAUGGAAACAUCCGCCUUGUGAAGCUCAGGACGCCUUCACUCAACGUUUCCUCGGGGGUCACAGACUUUCUCUUGAGUAAAAAAAGUAUAUGGGUGUUGUGAUGGGGUGAAGGCCUUUCACCCUCUAAAGGGUUAUUAAGACCAUCAUAAUGGCUUACUGACCAACCAGCAAGUAUACUUUAGUCGUGAUCAGGUCCUUUUGUCCAGGUCUAAAGUAAACUCUCCAGUGUAUGUACCAAGAUCAACUGGAAACUCCUCUCUCUCCUUCCCAUUGAGUAGAGUGACUCGUUUUAAUGAGUUUUUUUUUUACUGUUGAGAAAAAUGUUCAAGAGGUGCAGAAAGGCGUUGAUGCCACACAACACAGUAUUGUAUCUGCAUGCAUAAACGUAAAGCAUGACAUUAUCCUCUUUUAAGAGUGAAUGUUUCAAUGUGUACAGAACGGAGAAUAUUGUAUAGCAUUACAAGAUAUUGUUAUUAUAUAUGGGCUUUCUUAAAUCCUGUUGAAACUGU